AACGCAACCUGGCGUGAUCUUUAUCACUGUGUGAUAAAGCUCUUGCAGUGUCAGAAUAGAUGUAUACAUAAUGGAUAUGAUAAAUAUUAAUGAAAUAGAGGACAUUAAUUUGUCAAGCGAAGAUGAAGAAGUGCAAAUUCGUGUUCCGAAACGAUAUAUCCGCGAUGGCGAAAAUCCUUUCGAGUUUUAUAAUGAAUUGGACGUCAAAAAAAGAUUCCGUUUUGCAAAAAAUUCACAUAUGUUUAGUAUUUUACCGUUAAUAGAAGAAGGACUUUCAAAAAUUAACACGCGUGGUUUACCAAUAACACCAGUUUUUUCAAUUAUUAGUAUUUCUUUACGAUUUUAUGCAACACAGCAAGUUUUCAGCUUGUCAUGGGAGAUGUAAUAAAAGUAUCGCAACCUACA